AUGAUUUCAACAAUCGGCACAACAACAAUUCAAGCUGCGAACGGCAGGACUCUGUCCACAACAGCACCAAACUCGUUAGUUAUGAAUCCUACGUCAAUGUUAGUAGAAAUGAAAAACUUCAUUCCUUCUUCAUAUACUUUCGAAACAAAAAUCCAGAAGAUAAAGCAAGAACUGUUAACAAGUAAUUUAGACUGUACCGCACAGGAUGAAGAAAAUGAAGAAUAUCUUUAUGACAUGCAGGACAUUAUUGACCAUUUACCCAAAUUGCCUGAAAUCCAACAACAAAAGCUCACUAUUCAUGAAUUUGACGAAAUAGAAAUCAAAGCAACUGACUCGGUAGAAAUAAAGAAGUUCAUACGAAAGGUAA